AUGAAACUCAAGAACAAAGGCAAGGGCAAAGUCCAUCCAUCUCCCUCCCCGCCGUCCAACAUUCUCGCUGUUCUGAAGUUCUUACCGGCGGCCAUUCUUGUUCUUGUUUCAGUCCUCUCUCUCGAAGACCGUGAAGUCUUGUCCUUUCUGAUAACGAGGUCACUGAAAUCAGCAACCGCCGUCUGCGAAAUCGCCGGAAAAAGCAAGAAAAACAAUACAAGGGUAUCGCCGGAAAUCAAGCAUAAGACGCCGGCUUUUGAUUGCGACUGUUUUAACUGUUAUACCAGCUAUUGGUACAAGUGGGACUCGUCAGCUAACCGUGAAAUCAUAACCCAGGCGAUUGAAGCGUUCGAUGAGCACUUGAACAAUGACGAGCAGUUCAAGAAGAACAAUCGGGUCAAGAAGAAGGGAAAAACGGGUCGUCGACAACUCGCCGGGAAAUCCGCUGUUCUGCCUGAAACUUCUCCGGUGGAAAAAGGAGCUGAAAAUAUGACUGGGUUCGAGAGCCAUUUUGCUGUUGUGGGCCCAGAGAAACCUGUGGAGAUAUCGUCGGAGAAGUCGCCGGAAAACGAGCCAGAAGUUGUUAUCCGACCAAACGCAGAGAUAGCCCAUAAGGGUCUUGCAAGAAAGGUCUUGCCGGACAUAAUGGGGCUAUUCAAUUCUCGUUUGUGGAACCUUUGGAGUCCAAAUGUGUAA